GUAUGGGGGUGUUAUCUAAAUUUUUAGUUCCACAAAAAUACCCACCCAACUUAACUCACAUAAAUAAAUUGAAAACAAAACACCCAGACACGAAGACACUAUUACACGACCGCAACAUAUACAUUGAAAGACAUAACAUUUAGAAGACUUGACAUAGAGAAUCGAACGGGCAUAAUGGUACAUCAGGGCCUCGAAUUGACGAACUGUGGUCUGCAGAGCGAUCCCUCCAGCGAGAACGGCGAUGAUCCACCGUUGUUCGAAACGGUUCAGGAUGGGGAUCAGCCGGAUCUGUGUGCCCUUUGCCUGGAUCGCAUACAGAAUCCAGAGAAGCUUCACUGCAACCAUGCGUUCUGCAAAAGCUGUUUAGCACUGUACAGGGAAGCCCGCAACUGGGUGGCCAAGCGCUGCCCAAUCUGUCGGUGCAGCCUGGACAUGGAUAACCGGGUGUCCAGGCAGUUCCACGAUAACUGGCGUCUAUUUGGUAUUAUGAUGGUACCGCUGAUGCUGCUCAGUCUGGGCCCUUUUUAUUUGCUGUUGCUUUUCUGGUGAGCUCGUUUACGAAAUAUGUAUAUUUGUAUUAAGAUAGAUGUAUGCAAACUUGUCAGUGGAUUUUAAUUAAACGAAAAAGACAUAAAAUGCGA